GAACCUGAUGACGGAAAGCAAUUUUAUAUGGCGUUUUUUCAAUCGAAGUGUCCCUGAAAACUUUCGAAUGUUAAGACUGCGUUCAAAACGAGGGGAAUUUAAUGGCGGUUGAAGAGCCCCCACCCUGACGCAUGCAGAGACAGUCAAGGUGUCAACAGGCGAGGCUGAACGAAAGUUUACGCGAUAUUUCUCGUCUGUUUGCAUUCGCCCAUUUACCUUACCGUUUGUCGUUUUGUCUUAGCAACGUUCGAGCCGUGAUAAUUGAGAUAAUACAUGUAUUUGAAAUAACUAGCGUUCAGAGAAUGCAACUAUUCAAAGUAUAGCACGGUACAGAUUUUUCUGACAUGUAUGUGUGUAUACGUGCAUAAUGUUUUGAUUCAAUCGCAGCUGAAGUUCGGUCGUACCUAUUUCAUUGAAGAAUGCUGCCCGAUUGUAUUUUCACUGACAAAAAUUACAGUAUUUCACCAUCUUGUUGCUGAUUAUUGAAUUUCACAGUAGAAUGUAUAUAAUUCUUUAUAUAAAUUUUUUACAACAUAAUUGCUCAAAAAACAGUCCAAUGAAUGUGGAUGAUGAGUUUUACUUUACUAAGCAGUAGUGUGGCGAAUAUACUGUAAUGGGGUGGGUCUUGUCCACCACAAUAUGGAUUACAAUAUGGAGUUGCCUGUUAUGGGGCUUAGAAUUAGCUCCACAGACAUCUCCAAAACAAAUUCCAUGUGAUAAAACUAGGAAAGUUUUCACUGAUUCUUGGGGAAUCAUUAGUGAUGGACCUUUGGGUUCGAAUUAUACACAAGAUUCUCAUUGUGAAUGGCUUAUAAAAGCAAAUAAUAGCCGUCAGUUCAUUACUUUGAGUUUCCGUACCAUGGGAACAGAAUGUAGCUAUGAUUAUGUUUUUGUUUACGAUGGAGAUUCUUUUCGAUCUCCACUUCUAGGUAGUUUCAGUGGAAAAACAGAACCUCAACAAGUGACAUCAUCAUCUGGUUAUAUGUUAAUACUUUUGUACAGUGAUACAAACUAUGUUUUGGAUGGGUUUCAUGCAGAAUUUUCAGUUACGAAUUGUUCAAGUAAUUGUACAAAUCAUGGCAAAUGCAUUGAUAAUACUUGCUUUUGUGAAAAUGACUGGGGUGGUCGAGAUUGCUCCAAAGCUCUUUGUCCAAAUAAUUGUAGUUAUAAUGGAGAGUGUGGUUUAAAACGAUGUGAUUGUAAAAAUGGAUACUCAGGACAGUCUUGUUCAUUACACAAGACACAUCCUGAAGGCAACAAAUGGCACUGGCUUUCUCAUUCAGAAGGUGGAUUAAGGCCCAGGGCAGCACAUACUGCAAUUUACAUAAAAGAAACUGAUUCUCUUUAUGUUUUUGGUGGUUAUGAUCUUAAUUAUAUACUCAGUAAUUUGGAAGUGUAUCGAUUUAGCACAAGUCAGUGGGAAGAUGAAUAUGGUAAUGAACUAGAAGGCGUCUCAUCUGCAGAAUAUUUGGAUCCUAUGUUACUUGCUACUGAAUUAAAACGGACAGAUGCAGAUGAAAAAGAAUUAUAUGGUCUUCGUACCUCAUCUCUUAUGUGGAAAGUACUUUCUAGUAUUAAAGACAAUAAUACCUUUAGCACACGUAACUUUGGAAAUACAGAAAAUGGACAUGGUUGGUCAAAAUUUAGAAUUGGAGACCAUAAGGAUCGCGAGGAAAAAUUUCACGAAGGCAGAGAUGGUGAAAAAAGUAAAAGCACAGUUAGAAUAGAAAGAAAUGAUGAUUUUAGAAGAAAACAUUUUAGACGUCCUAGGCCACGAUAUGCGCAAAUUACAAGACAUCGUAGAAAUCUCGAAAAUCUAGAUCCUUAUCAAGAAUUUCAUAUAAAAAGUGAUAUAUUAAAUUGGGAAGAAGAAAAUACAGAAGAUUUUGUUAGAGACAACAUUUAUAGUCAAGAACCUAAAGUAAAAGAUGAAUCAUUAAACGAUGAGUCUACCAAAUCACCAAUUGAUAAAUUACCUAAACCAAGUCCGCGAUAUGGUCACGCAGCUUGUAGAUAUGACGGUGGUUUUGUUAUAUAUGGUGGAAAAGUACAGGAUGGGUCUUUAUCUAAUGAACUAUGGCAUUACGAUGUCAACACACGUUCUUGGACAUUACGUGCAAAAAAUUCUCCAUUUUAUCCACCGCAGUUGACAAGACAUACUCUUACUUUAGCAAAUAAUUAUAUUUAUCUUUUUGGUGGUAGCACAGUUGAUGCUGAUCUUACAGCAACCACAGAAAGAUGGAAAGAAGUACACCCGCGAGGUGGUAAAGAAUUAGAUGUACGUGUAGUUGCACAUUCAACUGUGUACCAUUAUGCUACUAAUUCUUUAUUAGUUUAUGGGGGAGUAGUAGCCAGUGUAGCACGAUUUAGUAAAUUAUCCGAUAGAAUGUUUGUGUUUCAACUUGACAGGAAGGUUUGGUCUGAAAUUCAUUAUCCGAGAGCACAUUUGAGAGAUACUUAUGUUCCAAGAGAACGGGCAUUUCAUACUUGUAACAUUAUAGGAAAUUAUUUAGUUGUAUUUGGCGGAUAUUCUCAUAGACAUAAUAAAGAAGAAAUUUGUUAUGAUAAUCAAAUGUAUCUUUAUCAUCUAGGCUGCCAUGCUUGGGUAAGCCAUGAUGUACUAGGUUUAAAUGAUAAAGAUUCUCGUUAUCCAAAGCAACAAGGAGUAUUUGCACACGCAGCAGAUGUACGAAAUGGAAAUACACUGUUAUUGGUUGGUGGUUAUCAUGGAAACGUAAAUGCGGAUUUGCUUGCAUAUACAUUACCACCGAUGCUUGCACCAGGAGAUAAAGAUAAUAUAGAACCUGAACAAAUUUGUUCAAGACAUAAAAGUUUAAUGGAAUGCACAGCUAAUCCAGAAUGUGGUUGGUGUUCGGCAGAUGAGAUAUGUUAUGGCAGAACUAUCGGUAGUAAUUGUACAACAAAUCUUCAAACGACACGUUGUCUAGGUGUUUGUCCUGCACUUGGAGAUUGUCACUCUUGUUUAAUACAUGGCCAACCUGGUGGAGGUUGGGGUACAACUGCACGUGGAAAAAAAUCUGUAUCAAAUAAGUUAAAUCGCGGGACUUGUACAUGGUGUGUUCAGAACGCGCGUUGUCAUCAUAAAGAUGAUAAUUAUGGUGUUUGUGGACUUCGAGACGAUACACCAUCACAAAUACCUGGGUGGUGGGGUCCAAAAGGCACAGAAAUUAUAAAAGUCGAAGAAUGCCGAGAAAUGGAUAAAAGACCAGGAUUAACAUUUUUAAAAUAUAAACCUCCAGUGAAUUUUAGUCAACCCGACUCGGUAACGAUAGUCAAUGCCACUACCGUAGAUUUUAAUGUUCCGUCUAUGCAAGGAGCAAAAACAGAAUCAGCGCUUGGAGGAGAAAUGAUUGCUAGAUUGAUUGGAUUCCUCAGACCGCCUCAAUCUUUUUGGGAUAGCACAGUGGAGCAUUUGAAAAUUUGUGUUAGUUACAAUAGUGCAACUUUACAUGUAUCAAGGAGUGAUGACCCUCAGGAAUUGGAAUUAGUUGCAAAUUUAACUGCUGAAACAUCACAAUGCAUUCUAACAAAAUGGCCAGAUGGACAUCAAAUGAUGUUGCUACCAGGAAGAUAUUUAUUAGAUUUCGAAUCGAAAAGGAUGGUUACUACAAGUUAUGCGUAUGCCAGUAAGAUGGAAAUUACUCACAACAAGAAAACGGAGAACCCAAAAGUAUUUACAUUUGAAUACCUUGAACCAUUUCAAAACGGUUCUUGCCAUCAAUAUAAGAAUUGCCUUCAUUGCUUAACCGAUUCUUCGUGCGGUUGGUGUGAUAUCAUCAAUAAAUGUCUUUCACGCUCAAUUAAUGAAACAGAAAGUUGUGUAGCUGACGUAGAAUGGGAUGAAGAUGGGAAUCCUACUCGCGAAUGGCAUUAUCUAACUAUCACUCCAUCAGCGUGUGCUAAUUGUUCCAAUUACAUCUCAUGUGAAUCCUGCGUUGGUAGUAAUUUGUGCGAAUGGUGGACGGAGGAAGCUCGUUGUGCAAGAAUUGGUAGACUACCUAAUGCAGUUGUUAGCCUUAAUCAAUGUCCAAUUCCAUGUAGACAACGUUCAAAUUGCACGCAAUGUUUAGAUGAGCGUGGAAGAUGCGUGUGGUGUGAAGCCACACAAGAGUGUUUUUCUUUUUCGGUAUAUACAUCUGAAUAUCAAUUUGGUUUGUGCCGAGAAUGGAUGGAUCAAGCUGGCUUAAUGGGAGUAACAUCAAGGUCUGGAUCGUCUUUAACAGGCAAUGAUCAAUGCAAAAGUUGCAGUCGGCAUACAAAUUGUUCUAGUUGCUUGCACUCGUUAAGUUGUGGGUGGUGUUACAGUCUAGAAAAUCCUAUCAUAGGAGCAUGCGUACAAGGAGAUUUCAAUCAGCCGCACAUCAAUUGUAGUUUUGUUAUCAAUGAAUAUCAAAAUACCACAUUAGAGAUAGAUGAAUCGGGUUGGGCAUACGCUCAGUGUCCAGAUGUCGACGAAUGUGACUUGGGCUUACAUGAUUGUCAUCCCAAUGCGGUAUGCACAAAUACUCAUGGAAGUUUUAGCUGUCAAUGUAAAAGAGGUUUUAAUGGAGAUGGCAAAGAGAACUGUACUAAAACUUGUUAUGAGAAAUGUGUCAAUGGUUAUUGUAGCGAAGCACCCGAUUAUAAAUGCAAAUGUAACCUUGGAUGGACAGGUCCAGAUUGUAGAACAAAUUGUGGUUGUUACAAUCAUUCUACUUGCACACAAGGACCAGGUAUUUGUGAUAAAUGUCAGGAUUGGACUACUGGAAGAUACUGUGAGGAAUGUAAAGCAGGCAGUUAUGGUAAUGCUACAACACCUCUUGGAUGCAGAAAAUGCAAUUGCAAUGAACAUGGAAACAAAAACUUAGGCAUUUGUGAUCGACAAACUGGCGUAUGCUUUUGUCGUGAUAACACGCAAGGAGAUAUGUGUCAGCGUUGUAAGAAAGGCUAUUACGGCGAUCCAAGAGAUGGCGGAAUGUGUUAUUAUGGUUGUAUGUCUCGAGGUAUGCUUGGGGGAGAAGGAAAUGGCAAACAAGGUCUUGGCAGCAGACACUCGCAGUUAUCGUUAUGGGAAAGUCAUCUUGGAGAUUCUCCAACAAGAGAGUGUCUGUGGAUAGUAAGUCCAAAAACUGAUCUUUCAUCAGACAACAUGCUCUCAGGAACUCAAAGUGUCAUACAAUUUACUAUACAUGAUGAUAUUAAUGUUAGUUGCCAAGAAAAUAGUGUUUAUGUAUACGAUGGACUUCCUGAAUUCGUUUCGUCAUCAACUAGUCAUCAGAGUCAGCUCCUAGGUGUUUAUUGUACAGAAAGUACAGAUUAUCCUGUUACUGUAGAAGCUAAGUCUGGAUUUCUUACUGUUCAUUAUAAACAAUUGGAUGAAGUAGAAGGUUUUAAUGCAAGCUACUUGAUAAUGACGUGCAAUAAUUGUCCAGGAAAUCGGGAAUGUCGAAAUGGUAACUGUUUAUGUAAAGCUGGUUUUGUGGGGAUCAACUGUGAUAUCGAAAUAUGCCCUAACAAUUGCACUUCAUCUAAAAAGCAAGGAAUCUGCGAUAAAGGUUACGGGCGUUGCGUUUGCGCAUCCGGCUAUGGUGGACGUGAUUGCUCAAUUAAGAUUAAAGAACAUCAGUUAAUUUUUACGGAACUAUUUAAUUCCGAAUAUUUGGCCGAUCAUUUGGACCAUCUAAGAAAAACUUUACCGAGAUUUGGUCACACGUUGGUUGCUGACAGAAGAGGUAGCUUGUGGAUGUUUGGGGGAUACUCUCUUAGUCACGGUCCUCUAAAUGAUAUUAGACUUUUUGAUACUAAAAAUAAUACAUGGAUGCCCAUUACUGUAGAAUCUACUACAGAGGCUUCAAUGCCUCAAGGUAGAUACUUCCAUGCAACUGAAAUAGUUCAUAGUAGGCAACAAAUAUAUGUUUAUGGUGGUUUAUCAAUGAAACAGGAAGACAUUCAAGGAAUAUCAAAUAACACAUUAAGCGACUUUUGGAAAUUUAGUCUGCAGAAUCAGAGGUGGAUGCAAAUUACACAAGAUGAGUUUAAGAAAGAACCACCACUUUUAGCUGGACAUACUUUGACUUUACGUAGAAAUGGAGAAUCAGAAAGUCUAAUAUUAAUUGGAGGAUUCAGUCCCAAAUAUGGCUACCUUGACACAGUAUGGGAAUUCAAUUUAGAAACAGAAACUUGGAAUACAAUAAAUACAAUUGGAAAUGGACCAUUAGGUGUAUAUGGUCAUUCAACUGUAUAUCAUAGCAAGUCAGAUAGUUUUUAUAUUUUCGGUGGAUAUACUUACGCAAUAAAUCGAACAUUUAUUUCUAAUAAAUUGUAUGCACUAAAUUACAAAACUCGCACAUGGUCUGUACUUCCACCAUUUGAUGAUGAUCUCACCGAUGGAAGUAGUUUGCCACAAGCUAGAUUCCUUCAUUCUGCUGUUACCACUGAUGAAUAUAUGGUAAUAUUUGGUGGUCGUCAAAACCCACAUAAUACUUCUGAUUCGUUAAUUGCUUAUAAAUAUUCAUGUAAUUUAUGGAUUCGUUUAAUAACGAAAGACAUGGAAGUUAUUGGAAGUCCACCACCACCAGCAUAUGCUCAUGCAAUGACUCAUGCUGAUCCAGAAUCUAAUGCUGUAUAUGUAGUUGGUGGUUUUGACGGUGGAAUCAAAAGUCACGUCACUCUUAUAAGCAUACCAGAAGAUUUAUGUAAUCUUUGGACAGACAAAAUCACUUGUAGGAAAUACUUUGGAUGUUCCUUUUGUUCUGUUGUCACAAUUAGUGGAAAAAAUGCUUCAUUUUGUUUCUCUAAUGAAAUAUCAAUCAACAAAGACGACAGAUGUGAUGUUAACGUAACACAAGCUCAACGAUCAAAUGGAAUUUUUUGUAAUUCAGAGUGGAUGAUCAGUAGAAAAUGUCAGAAUUUUAAAACUUGCACAGAAUGCUUAGCAGAAUGGCCAUAUUACAAAAAUGAAGAACCAGUAUGCAAAUGGUGUACGCACUGUCCGAACGGAAAGUGCAUACCAUCCGAGAAAGAUUGCGACGAAUUAAACAAAUGCAGUAUUAGACAAAUAUCGGUAACAGAUGUAAAUAAAUGUGGAGAACGACAAUGUCCAGCAAGUGAUUGUGAGAAAUGUAAUAGUCUCGAAGGUUGCGUAUGGACAAGGCAGGUCUUAAAAACAUAUGACAUUUUUGAACGAUCAAGUAUUAAAAUGGGAAGUACACAAUGCGAAAAACGAUGCGCAGAUCAUAAAGACUGUAGAAGUUGUCUUAAAGGUACCGGGGCCGAAGUGUAUUUCUCCAUCAUAUCAACCUCUAUAUUGUGCUGGUGGUGUGUGUGGUUUAGUAUUACGUAGUUCUGAUAUGGAUCAUUGUCCAGAACCAUGUUCAGUUUUUAAACAAUGCAGCACAUGUUUAAAACACUCACAUUGCGGAUGGUGUUCUCUCGAUUCAGCUAACAUAACUGGACAAGGAAUAUGUACCGAAGGUUCUCUUGAAGCACCAGCAGAUCAUCCAGCUGGUGGAACAUGUGAAAUGUUAUACUAUCAACAAUUUCCUCAAACUGAACCACAAUCUUUGGAAACCCUAGAUAAUGUUACAAUGUUAAUCCCAAAUGUAAUAUCGAAACCAGAAUUUUCUUGGCACUAUGUAAGAUGUCCACCGGAAAAUGAAUGUACGAAUGGACAUCAUACGUGUUCUCCGAAAAGUGAAAAAUGUUUUGAUUUAGAAGAAGGAUUCGAAUGCAUGUGUGGAGACGGAUAUAAAACUGAAACAAAAAUUUGUGUUCCUAUGUGUACGCAAGGUUGCGUUAGAGGAACGUGCGUAGAACCAAAUGUUUGCCGUUGUGACUUCGGUUACGUAGGUGCCAAUUGUUCAAUUCAAUGCCAGUGUAAUGGUCACAGCAAUUGUGCGGGCCCAGAUAAAUUAGAUGUUUGCUUGGAGUGCCAUAAUAACACAAUGGGACCACAAUGUGACAAAUGUUUACCUUUAUUUGUUGGGAAUCCAGCAGACAAUGGACAAUGUGUUCCAUGUCUUGAGUAUUGCAAUGGGCAUACUCGAAUAUGCAUUAAUGAAAGCAUGACUGUACCGGAUCCGUAUUCAAUUGAUAAGAUGUCUAUAGAAUUAUUGAAAAAACAAUUAGUUGAAGGUCCUGUAGCAAAAGCAAAAUGCGUAAAUUGUGGAAAUAAUACAAAAGGUGAUAAAUGUGGCGAAUGUAUGACUGGUUAUUUUAGAGGAACGGAAGAUCUUCGUGACGUAUGUCGACCUUGUGAAUGCCAUGGGCACGGAUUUACUUGCGAUCCUGUAACAGGAGAAAAAUGUAAUUGUGGUAAUAAUACAGAAAGUGAUCCAACAUGUACUACUGGACCUAUGAAGGGUACAAACACCGGUGGGUCACCAUGCUGGAUGGUACAGUGUAGUAAAUGUAAAGAAAAUUAUGCUGGUACACCAACUAUGGGUCAUCAAUGUUAUAAAACUGUAACAGUUGACAAUAAGAUGUGUUUUGACUCUAAAUUAAUAGGCAAGUUGUUUAACAAAUGAGUGUAAAAUGAAACCGAAACCAUUGAAUCCCGGUCAAACUGUGUUUUAUAUGGUACAACCUCGUUUUAUGAACGUUGAUAUUAGAGUUAUGGUGGAUGUAACACAAGGAGCUUUGGAUCUAUUUCUUAGUCCUCGGGAUGAUUCUUUUGUUGUUAUACUAAAUUCGACAACUGGAUAUCAAGAUGUCGAAUUGGAUAGCAGAUUUAUGUGGCGUAAGGAUCCACGUAAUAUGUGGUUAGACGAACGAACACGCAGUCGAAUGAGAAUCGUUGAAUUCCAUCCUCACAAUACGUUUUCGUUCACUAUGAACGGUACUACUACCGAACCCACUUGGAAUACCGGUCCUCAGUAUAUUGUGAUGGAACGCUAUGCAGAAGGUUUGGCAACGUUCCUAACAAUUGAGAACAGAAAUACGUUCUUGGUUGUUAGGAACCUCACGAAUCGGUUAGUGUUAACAUUGCCGCAAGACAAACAUGAACUUCAUGAAACGAAGUUUCACAUCGCAUUAAGGGCAAUUGAUCCCAUUCAUCCAGAAAUUAGCGGUCGAGCUGCUUACGGGAUGAUCUUCUUUCGACAGGAUCAAUUGCACAUUGAUUUGUUCGUUUUUUUUUCUGUGUUUUUCUCCUGUUUCUUUUUAUUCUUAGCCGGUUGCGUAGUCGCAUGGAAAACGAAACAGGCGGCGGAUGUUCGAAGAGCACGGAGGAGACAUGUUGUUGAGAUGUUGCACAUGGCUAAAAGACCAUUCGCGUCAGCCACCAUCAUUUAUGACCGGGAUGGUAACGAUUGUAAUCCAAAUUCACCCCAACGAAAAAGCAGACGUAAUAAAUUAGUUAGCUUUCACAGCGAUGUUAGACCAGUGGCAGUCGAGCCUACUGAUGACGGGGUAGCUGCUGUUGCUACCGUUUUCAUUAGAUUACCUGGUGGUCAGCAAGCUCCUGUGAAAUUAGCUCUUGGCAGCUCAUUAAUACUGUUAACUAGAGUUUAUCCAGUUAACAGUAGGGUGUUCCUAAGACGUAGAAACAGUCACGCGUUGAACUGAGCUUCUUUCUGUAAACAUCUUGUUCACACGUCAUUUUUAAGUCUGCUUAUGCUCUCAAAAUUUAUAGCAAACGAAAUAGCGAUCAUCAUGCUUAUUCUUUAUUUUUUCGAUCGUUUUUUCGUUGAUCUCAUCUCAUUUUAAUUAUUAAUCUAUUUCUGGUAUUUGAUACGCGGUCAUUAUACAAAUUGAAACCGUUUUUUACAAAUAGCAUUUAUAUUUCUCGAACUUGCCCAAAUUGAAUUUUGGCAAUUUCAAUUGUUGAAUUUUAACAAUACCGUUCAUUCUUCGUCAUCGUUGACAUUGUUCAAUGCCCACCAGUAAUGUGAAAUUUUAGUCUAAUGGUUGUAUUAUAAGUAUAAAGAAACAAUUAUAAGGGUAUUUAAACUAAAUGACACACACGUAUAUAUAUUAUCAUACCAUUCCAUGACGAGACUGUAUGUUUGUAUAUAAAGAUCUGUAAUUAUGUAUUAAUUCGUAAUUUAUACGAUUUUGUAGGAGCAUUUUAUGUAACAGGACAUGAUUUUGUGUCUUGAAACAUUCGUAGCUACCUUUUGAGGAAAGUGGAUGAUUUUAUUAAUGUUGUAUGAAAUGUUGCAUAACCAUCUAUUGGAAUAUACAUGGAAAAGGAAAAUAUACAGGCAGCUACAAGUAUUAUUCUACUUAUUAAAAUUACUUGUUUGUAUUCCAACUAUUUCAAGUGAAAUUACUGAAAUUUUUAACAAGUAUGAGAUUUCCAAUUACAAUUUGUGAAUUCAAAUGAAUAAUUAUAAAACAGCGGAUAUCAUUAUGAAUGAAUCAUUAAAACAUUAGCUAUAAAACAGAUAGAGCUAUCAAAGCUUGAAGUGAUAUAAUAUUUCAACGCAAACGUCUUUGUGAUUACAUGCAAUGUAACAAAAGAAGCAAUAUGUCAACUAACACUGCUACUUUCUAACUGUUGACAAACAGGGUGAUUUUCAAAUGCGACACGUAUUUUGAUGAAAGAGAUAUAGUAGAAUUAAUAAAUUAAAACGUCAAGUAAAUACAUUGAUUGAUAAUAAUAAUAUAACUUAAUUCGAAGUUUAUAUAUUGAUAUUUAAAACUUCUGCUUAUAAACGUCCAGUAAAAAUUAACUUGCUGUUAUGAAAGGAGAAUUUGUUCCGCGGUCUUUUUAAAUUUCUGUAAAAUCAAUAGACCUCUGAUAUGACCAGUUUUGGUAAAUUGGUGAAUUUUAUGAUCUCGCUAUAUCUUUUCCACCAAGAUUACACAUAUACAGACGUGUUUGUAUGCCACAUUAAAAAGUAUUGUUAGGCCUGCGACUGAAAAUACGAAUUGUAUCCGCAUAAUUAAAAAAACGAUCAGUAUUAGAAGUUGAUUAGAAAGAAGCUCGAUAAUGCGUGCGUCGGAAAGGUUCCUAUGCCAAAAAAAAAAAAAAAAAAA